AUGUCUAUGAAAGGGAUCUCAUCAGCAGAACCGGAUAAGCUCUCUAGGAUAAUAUCUUCACACAAGGGCAACGAUGCUCAUUCUGGCGAGCUUGACGUCUUCGAGGCCGCCGUGUACUUCUCCAGCUACAAUGAAGUCUCCUCCGGCGACUAUAGUCAAACACAAAAGUAUGUCUAUAACGCGGCGAGAGAGGAGAAUCGUAGGAGAUGGGGAAUAUUAGGAGGAGGAAGAAGAAUCAGCUUGGAUUUGCCAAUUAGAUGUUCAGAGCAAGUGCAUCAUCUUCACCAAGAACAUCACGAGAACCAUGAAGUUGCAACAAUCAAGGAGAGGAUUGGUAACGUGAGACACAAGCAACCAAGCUCACCAGGUGGGAGAAUCGCUAGCUUCUUGAACUCUUUGUUCCAUCAAGCGAGUUUGAAGAAGAACAAGUCAAAGUCAAAGCCGAUAGAUCGAGAAAUCUAA